CGUAUGCGCCGUAACAGACAGCGGCAGUAACAUGAUUUCCGCAUGUGAUUUAAUGAAGAUGAGACACAUGCCUUGUGCCGCCCACAAAAUUCAGAGAAUUGUAAUGGUUGGAAUAUCAAAAACAGAACGAUCCUUUUCUUCAAAAGAAACUGAGGAUUUUGUUGAAAAAAUUUUCUGCGAUGAUAACGAUAAUGUUCAAAACUGCGAUGUCUCCGUUUAUAAUGUUAUUGUCAAAUGCAAGCGAAUCGCAACAUUUUUCCAUCAUAGCUCUUCAGCAAACCGAAGCCUUGAGCAAGAAUUGCAUAACGCCAAGCGUCAGCUAACCAAAAUUAGUCAGCCGAACAACACACGUUGGAAUUCCGUAUACUAUAUGCUUGAGAGCAUAUGGAAAAUCGGAGAAGCACUAUUUGCCGUUCUAUCGAAAUGUGGCAAGUGGGAGUUGGACCUUACACCUGCCGAAAAACACCUUAUACCACAAAUUCUAGCCAUAUUAAAACCAUUCGUCAAGGCCACCACCAAGUUAAGCGGUGAUUCUUAUCCUACUGUAAACCUUAUUAUACCCACAACCAAACAAAUUCUUACGGAACUGAACAGUUUACUAAGUUUGUCAGACAAUGAGGUAGUAGAAGAAGAAACGACGGUAUUUGAAGUAUCAGAGAACAACAAAGACGCUAAGGUCGUCAUCGACAGCCAGGAGGCAAUUUGUUUUCUAAAGCAACUGGUUAGUUCAACGAGAGAAAAAAUGCUGGAGUAUGAAACUCGAACAGCAUCAGGAUUUAGUACUAUACUAGAUCCGCGCUUUAAAAAACAUGGAUUUAUAUCUGAAUCUAACUACCGCAUGAUGGCUGAGAAAUUAAAGGAAGAACUAAAAACAGUAAUGGCAACACAAAAUAGAACACACAUUGAAUGUACAUCAUCAAUAGAACCCGUGCUGUGUGUCUCAAAAAGAGAGUACACUUUUUUGAAUAACAUUACGUUCACAAGACAUGAUCGCUCGAUCCACUCAACAGCACAGGCAAUCGUUCAUUUAAAUAAAUACCUUGAAGAUCCCAUAACAAAUGAAACCACCGAUGUGCUCUCCUUUUGGACCAAUUAUACAGCUUGCGAAGCACUAAGUGCAAUUGCUCUACGUUUCAUGAUAAUACCCGCAUCGUCCGUUCCCUCCGAGAGGGUAAAUUCGACCGCAGGUAACACAAUAACUGAUAAAAGAGCGAGAUUGACUCCAACUUUUGCAGAACAGCUAGUUUUUCUUAAUGAAAACUUCAAAUUUUUGCAAAUGUAGUGCAAUAAGAAAUUUUAUAAAUUACACACUCACACUGACACAUACAUACACACGCAUACAUACACGCCUACACACUGACACUUCUGACACACACCGACAUUUCUGACACACACACCGACACUUCUGACACACUCACACACACCGACACACACACGAGAAAUUGAAUACAUCAUAUGUAAUGUAAUUUAGUACAUUAUAUGUAGUUAGAGGGAGAGUUGUUUUAUAACUGUUUUAAUGAAUAGAUUACUAUGAUAUUUUAACACAGUGAUUUCUUAGAUAUAAUCUUACUUAUGUCUUAUACUUAUGAGUAAAAAAGUUGUACUUGUGUACGUUGAGACGAAUCCCAAAC